AUGGAUCCCUCGGCUACAUUUGCAGAAUGUCAAGUUUCCAGUACAGAUGCGCCUGGAAAAAGCUGCCACAAACCACAACACGCUGGAGAAGAGCUGAAACAACACAUACAUGCAAAGAACCAGAGAGGAUGGAGAAGAGUCGCGCUCAACUUCACGCCGUCAUGGUUUUCGGUCAAUAUGGGCACAGGCAUUGUUUCUAUCCUGCUCCACAAUCUGCCGUACAAUGGUCGCUGGCUUUAUUGGAUCUCAGUUGUCGUCUUCUGUCUGAACAUUCUUCUCUUCAUCAUCUUCAUGACCAUUAGUAUGGUGCGAUACAUAUACUUCACUGGGCUCUUUAAGGCUAUGCUUCGGCACCCUGUUCAAUCCUUGUUUCUGGGCACGGUACCUAUGGGCCUUGCAACCAUCAUUAACAUGAUUGUUUUUGUUUGCGUUCCACUUUGGGGUCACUGGGUCACCAUUCUAGCAUGGUCGUUAUGGUGGUUUGACGCUGUUCUUUCAGUCGCCAUUUGCAUGAGCCUCCCGUUCCUCAUCAUGUACAAGCACGGUGGUGAGCUCAAGACGAUGACGGCUGCGUGGCUACUACCAGUCGUUUCUCCCAUCGUUGCAGCCGCCACCGGAGGAAUUGUAGCAGAGGUGUUGACUAACAAUCAACACGCCCUCUGGACCAUGGUGAUAUCUUAUAUCAUCUGGGGCAUGGGGUUCUUGCUUGCGAUGAUGGUUCUCGUCAUCUAUCUACACCGACUGACUAUGCACAAUCUCCCGCCACGAGAGGUCAUCGUGUCGGUUUUCUUACCUCUUGGACCUGUUGGGCAAGGAAGUUUCGCACUCAUGCAGCUUGGCAAGGUUGCGGCCAAGAUUCUGCCCAAGACUGGAUCAUUGGUACCUGAAUCUGGACCAAUCUUCUAUACGCUCGGCUUCGCAAUUGCCCUUGUGCUUUGGGGGUUCGGCUUACUAUGGCUGUUCUUUGCGCUCGCGAGUAUCUCCAGAGCUCGUUUUCCGUUCAACAUGGGCUGGUGGGGCUUCACCUUCCCUUUAGGAGUCUAUACGGUCGCGACGGCGACGCUGGCGAAGGAGCUGCCUAGCCUGGCGUUUCGAGUGCUGGCAACCAUCUUCUCUAUCUGCGUCACUCUGUUGUGGAUUGUUGUGAGUGUCAAUACGAUUAGGGGAGCGUCCACUGGGAAGUUGUUGUUCGCGCCGUGCGCUGCCAAGUUUGAGGUGGAGUAUACACAACGAAGGAUUGAAAGAGCUCAAAAGUCACUAGAGAUGGAACCACCUAAGGAGAAAGCGUAA